CGCGCAUUAUGGGUGAGCACGUGCAAAGGAUGAAGAUGGUUAGACAUAAUUCUACUCUGAGCUCCUGAAAGACAUUGUCAUUUUAAAAGAGAUGAGAGGACAGCACACAGAAGAAGAGGUUUUACAUGGCUUUACAUGAUUCACCACAAAAUGCAGGAGAAUUACACCAGAGGCCAACACCUGUUGAAGGUGCCACGUUCCUUUUGGAUACUGAUAUCAUAUUUGGAUUGACGAGUCACUAUCUGAAGAGAAAACAGAAGAUCGUUGAGAUAUCAGCAAGCAAUGAAUCAGUGCAGAGUCCAGCACUCAAUCCAAGGAAAAGGCUUCAUUCAGCAGAGGAAGUGCAAUGCGGCAACCGGCCAAACCCGGAGGGUGCCGGCUCAGUGUCCGUAACAGAGUUAAGCCAUUCCGAGAACAAGCAGGGGAGGGAAAGCCUGUGUCAGCGAUGUCAAAUCAUCAUGAACGAACUAAACAGGCAGGCGCUCGAGCUUGCUGAGCCAGGAACCCUAAAGGACCCAAGAAUUGCGGCCUUUCUCCUCGACAAGCUCCAGACUCUGGAAUGGCCUCCCAGGGGCUGUGGUGCCCAGAGCAGCUGUAAAGUGUGUGGAACCCCACUUCACCACCUGAGACGCCUGGCACUCCACUCUGCACUGGGGCUGGCAUUGGACGAUGUGCCUGACCUACAGCCUGGUCCCCUUUCUGGCUUGCUGCCACCACGUGUUGCAUCCCACAAUGUUAUUUCACCCCAUACUUCCUGGGAAUGGCCCACACAGGGCUCUCCAACUGCAAGUGGUCAACACCUCACUGGGCACCUCUGUGAUCCACUACCCAGGGAGAAACAGCAGGAGAUGCAUUUGAAUAAAGAUGAAGCAGCUAGAGUGGGUGGCAAACGAACCUGUUUGGCCACUGUCACACCUCUUCCUUUCCAUGCACAACAUUACCUGGAGGGAGUGUGGCAUGUGACAAGAUCUUCAGACCAUUUUCACACUUUGGGCCACACCUUAGAAAAGGACAGCUUGGUAUCAGAAGCCUCCAGAUCCAGCCAAGCUAGUGCUGUACACUCAGAAUCUUCAUCAGAACACAAACCAUCAAACCAAGACCAGCCAGCUAUCCUGCCUGUGCCCCAAACCAGCUCAGCAGUCUCAUUCUUCCUCAGGGCUGCCCAGAAGCUGAACCUUUCCAAACGAAAGAAGCCUCAGCCUCUGCCACCCUCCCCACCUGACCCAGAAGAGCCGUUCUUCUACACAGAUGGCUUCAGUGCUGCCCUGCAGCUCUCACCCCCACCUAUACCUCCGUGUCUCCUCAGAGCAGGGUCAAAGGUCAAGGAUAGCCCCGGGAUGGGAAAGGUGAAAGUAAUGGUGCGGAUAUGCCCUGCCAAAGGAUCCCGAGACACCUCAGAAUCCAUGUCCUUUAUGAAGGUAGACGCCCAUAAGAAGCAGCUGACACUUUGUGAGCCGCCCACUAACACACGCUCCGUCUCUGCCACCGCCCCGAAGAUGUUUACCUUUGAUGCUGUAUUUACACAAGAUGCUUCACAGGCGGAGGUGUGCUCGGGGACAGUUGCAGAGGUUAUCCAGUCUGUGGUCAAUGGGGCAGAUGGCUGCAUCUUCUGUUUUGGUCAAGCCAACCUUGGCAAAACCUAUACUAUGAUUGGCAGGGACAGUUCUACACAGUGCUUGGGCGUGUCCCCCUGUGCUAUCUCUUGGCUUUUCAAGCUCAUUGAGGAAAGGAAAGAGAAGGCCGGUACGCGAUUCUCAGUUCGAGUCUCUGCUGUGGAAAUCUGUGGCAGGGAGGAGCUAUUAAGAGACCUGCUGGCUGACUUUUCCACAGAGGCCUCCCAGGACAGCCAGAGCGCAGAAGUUGCCCUGAGAGAGGACCCAGUCUGCGGAUCCCAGCUGCAGAACCAGAGUGAGUUGCGGGCAUACUCUGCAGAGAGGGCGGCAUUUUUACUGGAUGCAGCUCUGGCAGCACGCAGCACUAACAGAUGUGACUGUAAAGAAGAAGACCGUCAGAAUUCUCACAUGCUCUUUACCCUGCACAUUUCUCAGUACCGUAUGGAGAAGAGCACCAAAGCAGGAAUGUCUAGUGGUCGGAGUCGUCUGCAUCUCUUGGACUUGGGCAGUUGUGAGUCUGAUUUGAGCCAAACACGAGAUGAAGGAAGAGGCCAGUGUUUGUCCUUGGGUGCCCUCGGAAAUGUCAUCCUAGCCUUGGCCAAUGGAGCAAAGCAUGUGCCAUACAGAGACAGCAAGCUCACCAUGCUGCUAAGGGAAUCGCUGGGCAACAUCAACUGCAGAACUACCAUGAUUGCCCACAUCUCUGACUCGCCAGCCAAUUAUGCCGAAUCUCUCACCACUGUGCAGCUUGCCUCCCGCAUACACCGCAUGAGGAAAAAGAAAUCCAAGUAUGCAUCCAGCUCCUCUGGAGGGGAGAGCUCCUGCGAAGAAGGACACAUCAGACGAAGUCCCUUUCACCCUCGUACUGUGGCUCUUGACCCAGACCAUCCUGCACUGCUUUCCAAUGACCCAGAUUACUCCUCCAGCUCUGAGCACUCAUGUGAUACAGUGAUCUAUGUGGGACCCGGUGGGGCCCCUAUCUCUGACCGCGAACUCAGCGACAAUGAAGGCCCCCCAGCAUUUGUUCCUAUCAUUCCCUCCCUAAACAAGAAGCGUGUAAAAGAAGGACCCAAGUCUGAUGGGGACCAUUUCAAAUGCAACACCUUUGCAGAGUUACAAGUACGGCUUGAGUGUAUUGAUGGCAGUGAGAGCUCAUCUGUUUUUACUAGCGAAGAAAAAGGCCAAGAGAUUGCCCCCAAAUCUGCAGCAGACAAAGUGGCAGAAGGGACUUCAGUGUUGGCCAGGACAGCCAAGUCCUCUCUACAAAAGCCUGUGCAGCUGCAACAUGGGGACACAUCUGAAGCCAACAAGACUCUGCAAGAUACUGAGCCUGUUGUGAGAGAAAAAGUACUCCUCAAUAAACGGCCUAUACAAAAAUCCAAUGCUUCUACCUCAUUGCAGAACAUCUCAAGAAACCCAGACUGUGGUUUAGCCACACAAACACCUCCACAGGGUAUGAGCCGGCAAGUCCUUAGACAGGGAGAACUAAGUGGCUCCCCAAUUCUUGACAGAGCCCAUCACCUUAGUAGAAGUCCUAUGGAGGUGAGCCACCUACGUGCUGGUCUAAGGAACAGGUGCUUUGAUAGAGAUGUUUUAAGGACUACAGUCACACUGCAACAGCCUGUGGAGCUUAAUGGAGAGGAUGAGCUUGUGUUUACUGUGGUCGAGGAGCUGCCUGCUGGUCUGGUUCCAGACAAUGGGCGACCCUCUAGCAUCAUGAGCUUUAACAGCGACUGCUCUUUGCAGGCUCUGGCAUCUGGCUCGCGUCCUGUUAGCAUUAUCAGUAGCAUCAAUGAUGAGUUUGAUGCUUACACAUCCCAGAUGAGCAGGUCCCAGCUGAAUCAAGCUGCUGCUUCAGAGUCACAAGAGGAGCUUACAGCUGGACGUACCACACAAGCACAAUCUUCAAUCAGGUCCUGGGCUUGCAUAACAAACAUUUGUACCCCAAGUAAUGAUGACACAAUUUCUGAAACAAGCCUCUCUUCAAAGGCUUUGCGCAGGGGACCAGACAGCAGCUCCAUGAUGGAUUUACCUGGUGGUUUACAUGUUGAGUCUUUCUCCCAACAAAGAACAAAUAGCUGUUCAGGUGGCAGUGGAAUUUGUUUCUCAGAACUAGACUAUGAUACUGCAACCGCUGACAAAUUGUCCAUAUCGAAGUGCCCUCUAUCUCAUGACAGUACCAAAGCAACCCUUGGUGGUCCAAAGUCACUAAGAUCUAAUAGACUUAUUACUUCACACUCUGCCCAGAUCUCAUACAUUUCUCCUUCUACUCUCCCCAGAAAAAGCACACAAAUUUCAUCCUCUAGUAGUAGCUAUAGCCAUGAUCUAAUAUGCCAAGGAAGUAGAACAGAUGAACAAUGGAUCCACACAAGUAGUGGGUUAGAUUCAGCUAGAAAUGCUGAGUUUAGCCCUGCUAGCAAGCCUCCGAAAAAUGGCAUGAGUGGCAUUCCAUCUAGAAAGACAAGUGGGAAUAGCAACAGUGUACCUCGCCCUCCAAAAAUGCAUACAUUGUCAACAGCUCAAAGGGUUGUGGAUGGUUGUGAAAAAUCCAUCAUUAAGAAAGGAGAUCUAAAUAAGAUGCCUCAGCUCAGGCGAGGAGCCACCACACUUGGCAUGGUGUCUGUGCCCCAUAGCUCCUCUGAGACAAAAUGGGGUAAUGCCUCACAAACAACUGGAAGCUUGAAAUUCUCAUCUUUAGGAAAAAGAGCUAAUGGACAUAAGGGUAGUAUGCUCCCUAAGUCUGGAAGCAUGUCACCCCCUGCUCCACCUGUCAGAAAGUCUAGCCUGGACCAGAAAACACGUAUUAUGUUGUCUCCUAGUGCCUUAAAGUCUGUGGGUAAUGAUGGAACAAGAUCCUCUUCCCCCAGAUCAUCAGUUUCCGAGGAAAACUUUGAUGUUCGAGUUAGGGGGGAAUCCUUUAGCUUUAAAUCAUCUAGUCUGAGGACGGCUUCUAGUCUCAGAUCACAUAGUGGUAAAGAAGACAAUGAAAGGCAUUUUGGUAGUCUCGUAUCCCUUGAAAGGUGUGACAGUUUAACGUCAGUAGGUUCAAAACCAGGAACAUCAAGAGAGAACAGUAACGUCAGUAUCAGCAGUACUGGCAAAUCUGGUAAAAUGGUACCAAAACUUGGGACUCCCAGUUCCAUAUCAAUACCUGCUACCACUUCUCUUCCAUCUACCACUGGAAUUAGUAAGCUUGGACAGCUAAAAGCCAGUAUAACUCCUAGAGCCAUUGUUGGGAAUGGCAACAAAGCAAAGGCUUUGUCGAUUACUGGUUCAAAGUCUCUUAGCUCAUCCACCAAGAUCCUUGCCGUCUCAGCUGCACGGAACACCAGUCUACCUCCAACUGGAAAAGCCCCAACUCGCUCAGUCACAGGCUCCAAUGGUAAACCAGGGAGGGGCACUAUUAUGGGCACAAAGCAAGCAAUUCGUGCAGCCAAUAGUCGGGUCAGCGAAUUAGCAGUUGGUAGCUCCAAGAAACACCUCAGGGGUUCUGACCCAGCAGAUGGCAACAAUAAUGCCAGAACAGCCAGCGAGAAACCUCUGGCUGCUCCUCUGCCCUCUCCGUACAGUAAGAUCACUGCCCCUCGCCAUCCUCAACGCUACAGUAGCGGCCAUGGAAGUGACAAUAGCAGUGUACUUAGUGGUGAACUGCCGCCAGCCAUGGGCCGCACUGCACUUUUUUAUCACAGUGGAGGCAGUAGUGGCUAUGAGAGCAUGAUCAGGGACAGUGAAACCACAGGCAGUGCAUCAUCUGCUCAUGACUCAAUGAGUGAGAGUGGAGUAUCCACGUCCAGCCGAACAAAGGCCUCAAAAUCUCCAAAAAAGAGAUCCAAUGGCCUACAGCGACGGCGACUGAUUCCGGCUCCCCUGCCAGACACCUCUUCCCUAGGCAGGAAGGUUGGUGCCGCAGGCCAGUGGGUGGAUCUUCCUCCACUGGGGGGGACUAUGAAGGAGCCCUUUGAGAUCAAAGUGUACGAGAUUGAUGAUGUUGAACGCUUUCAGAGACGCAAAGAAGGACUGACAGAGGGUUUGCAGUACUUCAGCACCCGCCUUAGGAUGCUGGAGAAGAGGCAGCAGCAGAUCAGGGAGCUAAGGGUCAAGCACGACAAGCUGAAAAAGGAGUUGGAGGAUGCCAAGACUCGUCUCAUGAUGGACCCCAGCAAGUGGAUGGGAGAAUUUGAUGUGGACCCAGAUCUGGACCAGGAGUCACUGGAUUAUAUAGAGGCUUUGGCCCAGGCCACAGGAGAGCUAGAAUUUUGUGUCAAUCUAUGCAAGUCUCGAGUGAUGAUGGAGACCUGCUUCGACAUUGCGGUGCCCAUAAUCCCAGGACAAAGUGGACAACUGGAGAUGGAGGUCUGAGAGAUAAAACAUUGUGUGACUUGUGAUUAAAUUAAUCAUAUAACAAGCUAGCUUGCAGAUAAUUGUUGGGUAAGCUUGUAUUGAAGAAAAAAUGAGACUUUUGAAGAGUGUGGAGGAGUUAUCUUGUUUUGUGGGGUUGCCUGUUUUAGCAAUGCAACAAAUGAAGGAUUUGAAACAGUUAGCCAGGUCAGAAGCUCCCUAAAAUACUGAGAGAGAAAAAGAAACAGAGAAAAUAAAAUUGAAGCAUUGUCCUGAGAUAUUUUUUAAUGUUACCAGAAAGUGCCUUAAACUGAAAGAAUCCCAAGAAUUGUCUUUGAUUUUGAUUGGUGCUAGUAUUUAAACCAACUUUCCCAAGUAAACUACAGUUAUGUUCCCUUUGAGAAACAAAAGUAUUUUGCAUCGUAUUGCAGUGUAUAGUGUAUUUAUGAUCUAAAGUGUGUAAAAAAAUAUAUAGUUUUUAGUAUUAAACAAAAAAGUUACAAAUAAAAAUGUUUCAACUCCCUAAAUUAUUGCCUUUUAUAAACUCUAAAUAACCACAACAAUUAAAACUUGUUAACAUGCAAUGUUUCUUCAGCAUCAUACAAAAACCUCAAGGGACCCCUUGAUUUAUUUUGAAGCCAUGCUUGUCCCCAGUUGAUGAGAUGUCACUUGAUUGGAUAAAGAUGCUGAAGCUGUGCCACUGUCAUCUGAUUAAUUUAAUUACAGUUGUUUCUCUGCAUUAUGAAAGGACUGCAGACGACAUGACAUUCUUCCUGGAUACAGAUUGUUUAGAUGAUUGGUGCAGCUGGUGACCGAUCAUAAAUUAGAGCUUGUCUCAAACACUUCUCAGGACAUCUGACUGAAGUGUGUUUGUACGGAUUCAUGUCAGUGUGUGCGUGUGUGUACUGUAUGUAUCUAAAUGCAUCAGAAUGAUAUGUAUGCAUGUGUCUGUUCUUCACUAAUCAUGCAACAUCCAGCAUCUUUUAAUGUGGUAAAUAAUUCCAUUGUAUCUACCUGAACUUUAAAAGAUAAUGCCUUUCUUCUCUUUGAACAUGAACUUCAAAAUGUUAAAAUAUACAAACCGCUAUUAUCUGUUGACAUCUUCACUGCACAGGACUUUCUCCAUACUUAGUCCACUGAUUUAUCUUCAGUCUCUGAUGUGAAUGAUUUUUGUCACGCUAAUCCUUAAAGAGUGUCUCUUGAAAGAAGUGUGACUGCUGUUUCUUAUAUAGAAAUGAAGAAGAAACAAAAAGAAAAGAGAUUAUUUGGUUUUCAAAGAAUUUGUUUGAAUUUAUUUUACAUUUGACAAUUACAUUUUAUGUUUUUGAAUGAUUCUUUAUUUAAAAGUGAAAAAAUACUUCUUUUCAAGUUGCUGCAUGAGAUCUUUAAUUAUUCUGUCAAAAUAAUUUAAUGUUUCUCUUUCUUUUAUAACUUAUUCUGUGAUUGCUACUAAUAAUUUAAAUUUAACAGAUUUGCCAAGCAUUUUAAACUUUUACUAUUUAAAAUAUAUGACAUUUUCUCAGUGUUUCAGCUUUGUAUUGUACAGUUUUUUAAUCCUUUUUUAAAAACCAUGUAUA